AUGGCAAUCGUCGACCUCCUCUUCACCUGGUGGUCUCUACCCAUCGCCGCAGGACUCGUUGCUGCUUCAUAUCUCUACUCAUAUUUCAUAACGUACGGCCAUCUUCGCGACAUCCCCGCGCCUUUCCCCGCGCAAUUCUCAAAUCUAUGGCUUCUCUACGUCUGUCGACGCGGCGAGCGAUAUCGCGUCGUGGAUCAGAUUCACAAGGAGCUUGGCCCUGUUGUUCGCAUUCAGCCGAAUCAUACUUCCAUCGCUGAUGCGGAAGCUAUCGCGACAAUCUAUGGCCAUGGAAAUGGUCUCUUCAACACCCGCGAUCGGGCAGAGCACACGCGUAAGCGCAAGCUCAUCUCGCACGUCUUCUCAGCAAAGUCCAUUAGUCAAUUCGAACCCUACAUUCACGCCAAUCUUGAGCUCUUCGUCAAGCAGCUCGACAAGCUCGUCGCUUCCGGUCAGAUGGCCAAGAACGGUAAGCGAGAAGCUCUCAUGGAUUGUCUUCCAUGGUUCAACUACCUUGCCUUUGAUGUCAUCGGCGAUCUCGCAUUCGGUGUACCCUUCGGAAUGCUCGCUAGCGGCGCUGAUGUAGCUGAAGUGAGAGACACACCCGACAGCCCGCCGAUUUAUGCUUCUGCUAUCGAGAUUCUCAAUAGAAGAGGUGAAGUCAGUGCCACGCUGGGAUGUUUUCCUCAGUUGAAGCCGUAUGCUCAAUAUUUACCUGAUCCGUUUUUCAGCAAUGGAUUAAACGCUGUCAAGAACCUUGCUGGAAUUGCCAUCGCGCGCGUCAAGAACAGACUCGAUAAUCCACCAUCGAUUGAGCGAAUGGAUCUCCUCGCCAGAUUGAUGGAAGGAAGAGAUGAAAAGGGCGAGCCGCUGGGCCGCGAGGAAUUGACCGCCGAAGCCUUGACGCAGCUCAUCGCCGGUAGUGAUACGACAUCCAAUUCGUCAUGCGCUCUACUCUACCAUGUCACCCGAACACCUGGCGUUCUUGAGAAAUUGCAAUCUGAACUUGACAACGCGAUCCCAUCCGAAGUGUCAGUUCCCACGUACGACAUGGUUCGUGAUCUUCCCUACCUAGCCAACGUCAUCAACGAAACCCUUCGCUACCAUUCAACAUCCGGCAUCGGCCUCCCACGUCAAAUCCCACCCAACUCACCCGGCGUUACCAUCAAAGAUCACUUCUUCCCACCAGGUAGUAUCCUCAGCGUCCCAACGUACACACUGCACCACUCCAAAGAAAUCUGGGGUGCUGAUGCAGACGAUUUUAGACCAGAGCGCUGGGAGAAUCCUACGGAGUUACAAAAAACGGCGUUCAAUCCAUUUAGUCACGGACCUCGGGCUUGUGUGGGAAGAAAUGUGGCUGAGAUGGAAAUGAAGCUGAUUGCGGCGACGUGGGCGAGGAGAUAUGUGCCUGAGUUGAGGCAGGGAGUCAUGGAGACGAGAGAAGGGUUCUUGAGAAAGCCGCUUGGGUUGGAUAUUGCUCUGAUGAUGAGGGAGUAG